AUGAAUGAGUUAUUUAGGAAAUCAUUUUAGGCUUCAACUGUUGAUACUAGAGAAAGAUUGGCAACCAGAUAGAUUAAAUAGCAUUUAGAUACAUCCAUUCCAAAAUCCAUUCUUGAUCAAAAUGGAAUUGAAAGAUGGAUCAAUGAUAUAUUGAGAGAAACUUGUUUAAAUGAGAAAUAGAACAGUUUGAACAAAUUAGGUCUUGAUAAAAAUACUUUAAAGGUUGUAAAUGACUCUCUAAUUUUCAUUGUAGAGUGCCGGAGUUAAGGAUGAAGACGUUAGUAGACUUUAUCGAAGCAUGUUUGUUUAUACAGUGGGAUUUUAUGAAAUGCUUCAUGAAAUUCUUAGAAAUUUAUAGUUAACAGCAUCCAUUUGGAAAGUAUUUGGAAUAUUAUUAGAAUAUGUUGCUAAAGGAGAUUUUUAAUUUACAAUAAAUUAGAUAUAGUAAGAAACUUAAUAAAAAAUUGAAGAGCUCAAUGAAACACUAACUUAAAGAGAAACAAAAUUUAAGGUAAUAGAAAAAAAGACAUAAGAAGAAAUAUUACAAUUAUAGAAUAUGUUAUAAGAUAUAACGGAUUAGAAUAAUGUGUUAAAAUUACAAAGAGAAAAUGCUGAACUAGAUUUUCAAUAAUCUAAUACAGCAUUUGAAGAAGAAGUAGCUUUAAGAAUAAAAUUUGAAUAUAGAAUUAAUGAAAUUACAUCAAUUUAUAGAGAAUUAGCUUAAAACUAUUCAUAAUUAUGUGAGGAGUUAUCAGAAAUAAGAAUUUUGUAUGAUAAAACAAGUAAAGAUCUUAUGAAAUCUAACAAAUAAUUAUAAACUGUAAUUGAAGAAAAAGAUAUUAGAGACAAUGAAAUUAAUCAUCUUAAAUAAACAAUAGAGAAUUAAAAAAGAUAAUUGGAUGAAAAGGAAAAUAAAAUUCUAAUAUAUGAAUUAAAAAUAAAUAAAUUAACAAAGAGUUCUGUUAAUGAUUAAAGUAUUUCAAUGAAUUAUGAACAUUAAUUUAAUUAAUUAUGUAUGCAAUUUUCAAAGUAUAAAGAGGAAAAUAUAUUAAAGUAAUUUAUUUUCUUAAUUAAAUUAUAGAUUAUAAGAAUUAGAAAAAUAUUAAAGAAAUUAUUAAGAUGUUUUAGAUUUAAAUAAAAAGUUAACAAAUGAGAAUUAAUUAAUAAAAUAAGAAAAAUUUUAAUUAUAAACAGAAAAUAAUAAAUAUAAAAUUACAGUUGAUUCAUUUGGAUAAUUGGAAUAAGGUUAUAGAUCUAGUAUAUUGUAAUUAUAAUAAGAAAACAGAGAAAUAAUUGAAGAACAUGAUAAUGAAAUUAAGAAAUUUUAAAAAAUAUAAGUAGAACAUUCAUUUGGUAUGUAAAGAAUAUAGGUUUAAUAAAAUGAAAUAUUGGCAUUAAAUCAAAAUAUUUAAUAAAUGAAAAUUGCCAAAAUUCAUUUAGAUGAGUUAUUUAUUAAAGAGAAGGCACGAGUAUAGUUAUUAUAAAAUAGUUUAGAAGGAAAAGAAGAAACUAUUUUAGAUUUAGAAAAAUGUUUAAGUUUUAGUUAAUAAAGAUUACAUACUUUGACAAUGGAAAUGAAUGAAUAGGAAAAUAAAUUAAGAUUAAAUUAAUAGGAUUUUACAGCAGCUGAAAUAUCUUAUAAGAAAAAAAUUGAAUAAUUAUUAGAAACCAUAGACACAUAAAGACAUGAAUUGAUUAAUGAAAGAGAUAAACUUGAAGCUCUUUAAAAUUAAUUUGAAUCUUAAAGAAAAGAAUUAGCAGAGAUUAAAUCUUUGUAUAAAGAUUAAGUUUUUGUGAACAAUAAUUUAGUUACUAAAUAAAUAUUUUCAGAUCGUAUUAUCAAUAAUGAUAAUUAAAGAAUAGGUGAAUAUAUUAAUGAAAUUACUGAUAUAAAAGUUAAAUAUGAUGAAUCUUAAAGAAUAUAUAGACAACUUGAAAUUAAAUUUAAUGAAUAAUAAAAAUUAAUGGAUAAAGAUAAGUCUUUUUUAGUUGAUAGAUAUGUAGGUAAAAUAAACAAUUAUAAAAUUAUGUAAAAAGAGUUGGUUUCUAAGAUGAAACUUGAAGAUGCUUUAAGUUAAUGGGAUAGAACUAAUUAAAAACUAAUUAAAUUAGAUUAAUCAUAUAAAAAUCUUUAUGAAUAAGUCAAAUCACUUCAGAAUUUAAAUUAAUAAUAAGAUAAAGAAAUUUUAGGAUUAAAUAAUAAAUUAAAAGAUCAAUUAAACUUAAUUAAAAAACUGACAACAGAUUAUAAUAAGAGUACUAAUAAUUUAAAGAUAAUAAAAUUUAAAUAAUUGAUAUAUUGUGUAAGUCUUAAGGAAGUGAAUUAAUAACUCAAAUAAUAAACAGAUAAUUUACUAUAAAUCUAAAAUAAUAAUAAAGAAUUAAAUAAUGAAUUAGCUAAUUUAAAGGAAGAAAAUCUUAAAUAAAAAUAACUAAUAAGAAGAUAUAGAUUAUCUGCUUAGGGUUAAUAAUAACAAAGUCAAGUUCAAAUAGAGGAUUAGGAUUCUACAAAUGAUCUUUAAAAUUAAUAAAAUAAUAAAUAAAUUAAUAAGUCUGAACAUUUAAAAUCAGAAAAAUCAUAAGAUGAUUAAUCAAUAUCUAUAAAUAAUUCAAUUUUACUUUAAAAUCAAACAAAAUAAUUAAAAAAAUCUAAAUUUUAAAUUGAAGUUGAAUAAAUAGAAUAGAAUUUAUCAAAAAAAAAAUAAGAAGAUAAUUCAUUAAAAUUAGAAUAAUUAUCAUAAACUAUAGAUAUAAAAUAAUCCUAAAUUGAAAAUAAUUCUUAAUUUUAACCAUAAAAAUUAAAUAGUCUUUAAAUAAAAGAUGAACUACUUAAUAUUGAUGACAAUCAAUUUUCUAUUGAUAAUGAUAAACAUUAAUAAACUCCUUUUAUUAAAUCUCGUAGUAUUAGUGUAAGUUAAGGAAGUAAAAGUUAGAGAAGUAACAAAUCAUAAUAAAUGGAUUUUGUAGUUAGAGUUAAGAAAAAUACUUUGAUAUAAAAUGCAAAGAUGAAUUCAAAAUAAUUUGGUCGAUUAUUUUAAAUUACUAGAGAUCAUUAUCAAUCUUGA